GGACGGAGCGGGACGGAGCGGGACGGAGCGGGACGGAGCGGCGGAGAGAGGUUAUCGGGAGCGUUUAACCAGGCUCACCUCCCAACUUGCCGUUUGCACUGGAGAGGCAUAUUGACAUGAAAAGUAAGGAAGUGUAUUAGCAAACAUUGAUCGGCGCUGAGGCAGGCAGGUGUUGCACAAGUACAGGCAUCUGCUGAGAUUGUGGCGUGUUAUUUGGAGCUUCCAGCAAGACACUUGCGCUACCGUGAGGCUGGGAAGGCUGUCACUACUGCAGGAGCAAUGGCAGCCAUCAGGAAGAAGCUGGUGAUUGUGGGAGAUGGUGCCUGCGGAAAGACGUGUCUGCUGAUUGUGUUCAGCAAAGACCAGUUCCCCGAGGUCUACGUGCCAACUGUGUUCGAGAACUACAUUGCUGACAUAGAGGUGGAUGGGAAGCAGGUUGAGCUGGCCCUGUGGGACACGGCAGGACAGGAGGACUAUGACAGGCUGCGGCCCCUCUCCUACCCGGACACAGAUGUAAUCCUCAUGUGCUUUUCCAUCGACAGCCCGGACAGCCUCGAGAACAUCCCUGAGAAGUGGACGCCAGAGGUGAAGCACUUCUGCCCCAACGUGCCCAUCAUCCUGGUGGGGAACAAGAAGGACCUGCGGAACGAUGAGCACACGCGGCGGGAGCUGGCCAAGAUGAAGCAGGAGCCAGUGAAGCCAGAGGAGGGGAGGGACAUGGCCAACAGGAUCGGUGCCUUCGGCUACCUUGAGUGCUCGGCCAAGACGAAGGAGGGGGUGCGGGAGGUGUUCGAGAUGGCCACCCGUGCUGGCCUGCAGGUCCGCAAGAACAAGAAGCGCAGAGGCUGCCCGCUGCUGUGAGCAGCCCCGCUGCACCUGCCCAGGGAGGGGCUGCUGGCAGGCAGCCCGAGCAGCCCCUUCUGGUGCCACUACCUGCCCCGAACCCUUUGCACCAGAGCUGCCACCCACGCUCACAGGGUGUCCCUGCCACAUUCCAGGGCCACGAGGGGCCAAGUGCCUUCGGUACCUGCUGCUCUCCAUGGGCGCGGUGUUGCUGUCGCCCCCCGCGUCGCCCCGUUUUGUACUGAGCUCCCUGGUUUGGCCUUUCCCAUGGGCAUUGCUGCAGUGCUCAUUCUUUCCCCAGCUCUGGGCAGGUGCCACAGAAGCAGAGGUGCCAGUCACAGCUCACCUGUGGGGUGUGCCAGGCCCUCGGUGUGUUUUGCCUGCUCUCCUUGGCCGUGGAGGCAGCACACAGCAGCGUUACAGACUUGCCCGGGCAGUUGUAGCCCUGUCUGAGCAGAGCUGGGCUCAGCUGCUGCCAGCACCUCCCCUCCCGGGACGCGUGCCCGGCUCUGCUGGUAUCGCCGCCUUCCAGUCUGCCUCGGCCACAGACUUGGCAGCAGUGAACCCAACUGCAUAAUUGGGAGAAUAAAUGCAAGCUGGUAUUUUAGUAAGUGUAA